AUGGACUUGCAGGCUGCUCCUUGGCAGGCGCUGGCCUCAACGACCGCUGCUCCAACGAGAGGCAUGUUUGGAGGCAAUAGCCUUAGCGGGACGCUGAUAGCUGUCGGCCUGGUGGCAGCUUUGAGUGGCGGCGUCUUCCUUUGCAUGUCGAAGGCUCGCACAGCCAAGCGCGGAGUCCUCUUGGGUGCAAGCGAUUCCCGACGUUCGAUCUCCACGGACUACAGCGCUUAUAGUUCUGAUGUGGAGGACGCCAGCAGCUACCAAGAAAGGAGCUCGGACUCGGAGGGCGAGAUGCCGCCAUCUCCACAGCGUCCUCAGGCGCGGGCUGCGGCAUCCAUGGAAAAGGACUUGGAGCUGCAAAGGCAGCAAGAGAUGGAGAGGCAGCAGGCAAGACUGGAGGAGAAAGCAGCGUGA